AUGUGCGCCGUCUCCUACGCCUUUCUACAGCUACUGUCUCCGCUGUGGGCCUUCCGUCUCGUCUUCUCUUAUUCCAUGCUCUACCUCAGCUGGGCCAACCUCUACCGAAUGAGCAUUGACUACAACAGCGUCUCAGCUGACGUUUCUCUGUAA